AUGCUGGGAGUAACUGGGAUCUUGCUGGGAGCAACUGGGACCGUGCUGGUGGCAACUGGGAUGUACUGGGAGCAACCGGGACCAUGCUGGGACCAACUGGGAACGAUUCGGAGGAACUGGUUCCAUGGUUUGAGCAACUGGGACCGUGCUGGGGGCAACUGGGAACGUGCUGGGGGCUACUGGGAUGUACUAGGAGCAACCAGGCCCAUGCUGGAGGCAACUGGCAUCAUGCUGGGAGCAACUGGGACUGUGCUGGGAGCAACCGGGACCGUGCUGAGAGCAACCCAGAUGCCGAUGGCCCCGGGGCUGUGGCUGCUGCUGGCACUGGGGGGGGCGUUGGGGAUCCCCCCGGGACCCCCCUCAGAUCCCGGCUGUGUCCCGGCACUGCUGGAAAUCCUGGAGCGGCUGCGGGAGCUGGAGGGACGAGUGCGGGAGCUGCAGGGACACUGCGGAGACAGCGCUGGACCCCAGGCGGGCACCGGUCACACCGUGUCUCGGGAGCUCUGUCCCCCCAGCGCUGGUGACGGCUGCGGCUGUCCCUCUCGCCCCGACGUCCCCUCCCCUCCCGCUCCCCCCCCGGCUCCGCCGCCCGCCCCCUCCGCCGCCGCUGUCCCCUGUCCCCAGGGCUGCAGUGACCAGGGCCGGUGCCGCGCCGGGCGCUGCCUCUGCUACCGCGGCUUCACCGGCCCCGACUGCAGCACCCGCGGCUGCGGCCCCGGCACCGCCUGCGCCCUCGCGAUCCCCUCGGUGAAGCCACGCUUGGUCACCCGCAAUCAGACGUUCUUCCUGGUGACGUGGCCACGGCCAGCCAGGCCGGUGGACGGGUACCGGGUGUCCCUGGUGCCGCUGGACGAGCCGGCAGCCGUGGCCACGCAGGAGCUGCCCGGCUCCGCUCUCACCUUCGAGGCGUCGGGGCUGGCGCCCGGCAGCAGCUUCGAGGUCCGGGUCCAGGCACGGCGGGAGCAGAACCUGGGGACAGCCGGGACCCUGCGCGUGCGCACCCAGCUUGCCCAGACCCUGCCCCCCCGCGGGGGGUCCCCGGUGUCACCAGCGGCGUCACCACCUGCCCGUGGGUCACCGCCACCCCCGAGGUCCCCGGUUCCACCAGCAUCCCCAGGGUCACCAGCAUCACCAGUGUCACCGGACGCACCCUUGGGCUCACCAGGGUCUUUGGGGUCACCAGCAGCAUCUCCAAGGCUCCCGGUGGCCCCAGUGUCUCGAGGGUCCCCAGCAUCUGUGAGGUCCCCAGUGUCACCAGUGUCACCGGAGCCCCCAGCAGCCCGAGGGUCACCAGCGUCCCCAAGGUCCCCAGAGGCACCAGCAGCCCCAAGAUCACCUCCACAGUCCCCAGCACUACCACAGUCCCCUGUGUCACCUCCAUCCCCAUGGUCCCCGGUGUCCCCAGGGCUCCCUGGUGGCCCAUCCCUGCAAGACCUGGGGGCCAAGCUUUCCUCUUACAACGGCUCCUUGCUGCAGCGCCUGGAAAGCCACCUCCGGGCCACCAACUUCCCCCUCCGGGGCAACCAGACGGUGCCUGCAGUGGCCCGGGCCAUCCUCUCGUACCUCCUGCGCCGCAGCCCGGCCACCCUUCGCCACCAGCUCCUCCAGCAGCUGCCCCAUCCCAAGCCCCACUUGAUGCCGGGGGCUGCUGGGGAGGCUCUGGUGGACCUGGAGGGGCUGCAGGGCCACGCAGAGUCCGUGGUGAUCCGGUACCGGCUCCUGGAGGAGCCGGAGGGGCCCGAGGGGGAGCUGCGGGUGCCGGGUGACACUGCGCUGGCGCGAGUGCCGGGGCUGGUGCCGGGGGCCAUGUACCGCGUGGAGGUGCACGGCCUGGUGCGGGGCCACGUCUCCAAGUCCUACACAUUCCUGGUGACAGCAGGGGUGGAUGGCACGGAGGAGCCGCCGCUGGGUUGGGAGCAGAUGUACGAGAUGGAGCUGACGGAGCCGCAAGGAGCCCCAGCCAAAGAAGAGCCUGCCCCACCAGCGGAGGAGCCACCAACCAAGCCUCGCCUGGGCGAGCUCAGGGUCUCCAACAUCACCCCCAGCUCCGUGCAGCUGGAGUGGAGCGUCCAUGAGGGCACCUUUGACUCCUUCACUGUGCAGUACCGGGAUGCUCAAGGCCAACCUCAAGCACUUGCAGUUGAUGGUGGUUCCCGCAUGGUGACGGUGACGGGGCUGUCCCCAUCCCGCCGCUACAAGUUCAACCUGUACGGGGUGUGGGGACGGAAGCGGGUUGGUUUCAUCUCCACUGACACCGUGACAGCUCCAAAGGAGGAGGAAUCAGCACCGCAGCCAGUGCUGGGCGAGCUGAAGGCCCCUCACGUCACGUCUGACUCCGUGCAGCUGGAGUGGAGCAUCCCCGAGGGCACCUUUGACUCCUUCACGCUGCAGUACCGGGAUGCACAAGGCCAGCCCCAGGUGCUGCCCGUGGACGGGGGUUCCCGCACGCUGACGGUGCCGGGGCUGUCCCCGUCCCGCCGCUACAAGUUCAACCUGUACGGGCUGUGGGGUCGCAAACGGCUGGGCCCCAUCUCCACCGACACUGUCACAGCUCCCCAAGAGGAGGAAGCAGCACAACAGCCAGUGCUGGGCGAGCUGAAGGCCCCUCACGUCACGUCUGACUCCGUGCAGCUGGAGUGGAGCGUCCCCGAGGGCACCUUUGACUCCUUCACGCUGCAGUACCGGGAUGCACAAGGCCAGCCCCAGGUGCUGCCCGUGGACGGGGGUUCCCGCACGCUGACGGUGCCGGGGCUGUCCCCGUCCCGCCGCUACAAGUUCAACCUGUACGGGCUGUGGGGUCGCAAACGGCUGGGCCCCGUCUCCACCGACACUGUCACAGCUCCCCAAGAGGAGGAAGCAGCACCGCAGCCAGUGCUGGGCGAGCUGAACGCCCCUCACGUCACGUCUGACUCCGUGCAGCUGGAGUGGAGCGUCCCCGAGGGCACCUUUGACUCCUUCACGCUGCAGUACCGGGAUGCACAAGGCCAGCCCCAGGUGCUGCCCGUGGACGGGGGUUCCCGCACGCUGACGGUGCCGGGGCUGUCCCCGUCCCGCCGCUACAAGUUCAACCUGUACGGGCUGUGGGGUCACAAACGGCUGGGCCCCGUCUCCACCGACACUGUCACAGCUCCCCAAGAGGAGGAAGCAGCACAACAGCCAGUGCUGGGCGAGCUGAACGCCCCUCACGUCACGUCUGACUCCGUGCAGCUGGAGUGGAGCGUCCCCGAGGGCACCUUUGACUCCUUCACGCUGCAGUACCGGGAUGCACAAGGCCAGCCCCAGGUGCUGCCCGUGGACGGGGGUUCCCGCACGCUGACGGUGCCGGGGCUGUCCCCGUCCCGCCGCUACAAGUUCAACCUGUACGGGCUGUGGGGUCGCACACGGCUGGGCCCCGUCUCCACCGACACUGUCACAGCUCCCCAAGAGAAGGAAGCAGCACCACAGCCAGUGCUGGGCGAGCUGAAGGCCCCUCACGUCACAUCUGACUCCGUGCAGCUGGAGUGGAGCGUCCCCGAGGGCACCUUUGACUCCUUCACGCUGCAGUACCGGGAUGCACAAGGCCAGCCCCAGGUGCUGCCCGUGGACGGGGGUUCCCACACGCUGACGGUGCCGGGGCUGUCCCCGUCCCGCCGCUACAAGUUCAACCUGUACGGGCUGUGGGGUCGCAAACGGCUGGGCCCCGUCUCCACCGACACUGUCACAGCUCCCCAAGAGGAGGAAGCAGCACUGCAGCCAGUGCUGGGCGAGCUGAAGGCCCCUCACGUCACGUCUGACUCCGUGCAGCUGGAGUGGAGCGUCCCCGAGGGCACCUUUGACUCCUUCACGCUGCAGUACCGGGAUGCACAAGGCCAGCCCCAGGUGCUGCCCGUGGACGGGGGUUCCCGCACGCUGACGGUGCCAGGGCUGUCCCCGUCCCGCCGCUACAAGUUCAACCUGUACGGGCUGUGGGGUCGCACACGGCUGGGCCCCGUCUCCACCGACACUGUCACAGCUCCCCAAGAGGAGGAAGCAGCACCACAGCCAGUGCUGGGCGAGCUGAACGCCCCUCACGUCACGUCUGACUCCGUGCAGCUGGAGUGGAGCGUCCCCGAGGGCACCUUUGACUCCUUCACGCUGCAGUACCGGGAUGCACAAGGCCAGCCCCAGGUGCUGCCCGUGGACGGGGGUUCCCGCACGCUGACGGUGCCGGGGCUGUCCCCGUCCCGCCGCUACAAGUUCAACCUGUACGGGCUGUGGGGUCGCAAACGGCUGGGCCCCGUCUCCACCGACACUGUCACAGCUCCCCAAGAGGAGGAAGCAGCACCGCAGCCAGUGCUGGGCGAGCUGAAGGCCCCUCACGUCACGUCUGACUCCGUGCAGCUGGAGUGGAGCGUCCCCGAGGGCACCUUUGACUCCUUCACGCUGCAGUACCGGGAUGCACAAGGCCAGCCCCAGGUGCUGCCCGUGGACGGGGGUUCCCGCACGCUGACGGUGCCGGGGCUGUCCCCGUCCCGCCGCUACAAGUUCAACCUGUACGGGCUGUGGGGUCGCAAACGGCUGGGCCCCGUCUCCACCGACACUGUCACAGCUCCCCAAGAGGAGGAAGCAGCACCACAGCCAGUGCUGGGCGAGCUGAACGCCCCUCACGUCACGUCUGACUCCGUGCAGCUGGAGUGGAGCGUCCCCGAGGGCACCUUUGACUCCUUCACGCUGCAGUACCGGGAUGCACAAGGCCAGCCCCAGGUGCUGCCCGUGGACGGGGGUUCCCGCACGCUGACGGUGCCGGGGCUGUCCCCGUCCCGCCGCUACAAGUUCAACCUGUACGGGCUGUGGGGUCGCACACGGCUGGGCCCCGUCUCCACCGACACUGUCACAGCUCCCCAAGAGGAGGAAGCAGCACCGCAGCCAGUGCUGGGCGAGCUGAAGGCCCCUCACGUCACGUCUGACUCCGUGCAGCUGGAGUGGAGCGUCCCCGAGGGCACCUUUGACUCCUUCACGCUGCAGUACCGGGAUGCACAAGGCCAGCCCCAGGUGCUGCCCGUGGACGGGGGUUCCCGCACGCUGACGGUGCCGGGGCUGUCCCCGUCCCGCCGCUACAAGUUCAACCUGUACGGGCUGUGGGGUCGCAAACGGCUGGGGCCCGUCUCCACCGACACUGUCACAGCUCCCCAAGAGAAGGAAGCAGCACCACAGCCAGUGCUGGGCGAGCUGAACGCCCCUCACGUCACGUCUGACUCCGUGCAGCUGGAGUGGAGCGUCCCCGAGGGCACCUUUGACUCCUUCACGCUGCAGUACCGGGAUGCACAAGGCCAGCCCCAGGUGCUGCCCGUGGACGGGGGUUCCCGCACGCUGACGGUGCCGGGGCUGUCCCCGUCCCGCCGCUACAAGUUCAACCUGUACGGGCUGUGGGGUCGCAAACGGCUGGGCCCCGUCUCCACCGACACUGUCACAGCUCCCCAAGAGGAGGAAGCAGCACCGCAGCCAGUGCUAGGCGAGCUGAACGCCCCUCACGUCACGUCUGACUCCGUGCAGCUGGAGUGGAGCGUCCCCGAGGGCACCUUUGACUCCUUCACGCUGCAGUACCGGGAUGCACAAGGCCAGCCCCAGGUGCUGCCCGUGGACGGGGGUUCCCGCACGCUGACGGUGCCGGGGCUGUCCCCGUCCCGCCGCUACAAGUUCAACCUGUACGGGCUGUGGGGUCGCAAACGGCUGGGCCCCAUCUCCACCGACACUGUCACAGCUCCCCAAGAGGAGGAAGCAGCACCACAGCCAGUGCUGGGCGAGCUGAACGCCCCUCACGUCACGUCUGACUCCGUGCAGCUGGAGUGGAGCGUCCCCGAGGGCACCUUUGACUCCUUCACGCUGCAGUACCGGGAUGCACAAGGCCAGCCCCAGGUGCUGCCCGUGGACGGGGGUUCCCGCACGCUGACGGUGCCGGGGCUGUCCCCGUCCCACCGCUACAAGUUCAACCUGUACGGGCUGUGGGGUCGCAAACGGCUGGGCCCCGUCUCCACCGACACUGUCACAGCUCCCCAAGAGGAGGAAGCAGCACCACAGCCAGUGCUGGGCGAGCUGAAGGCCCCUCACGUCACGUCUGACUCCGUGCAGCUGGAGUGGAGCGUCCCCGAGGGCACCUUUGACUCCUUCACGCUGCAGUACCGGGAUGCACAAGGCCAGCCCCAGGUGCUGCCCGUGGACGGGGGUUCCCACACGCUGACGGUGCCGGGGCUGUCCCCGUCCCGCCGCUACAAGUUCAACCUGUACGGGCUGUGGGGUCGCACACGGCUGGGCCCCGUCUCCACCGACACUGUCACAGCUCCCCAAGAGGAGGAAGCAGCACCACAGCCAGUGCUGGGCGAGUUGAACGCCCCUCACGUCACGUCUGACUCCGUGCAGCUGGAGUGGAGCGUCCCCGAGGGCACCUUUGACUCCUUCACGCUGCAGUACCGGGAUGCACAAGGCCAGCCCCAGGUGCUGCCCGUGGACGGGGGUUCCCGCACGCUGACGGUGCCGGGGCUGUCCCCGUCCCGCCGCUACAAGUUCAACCUGUACGGGCUGUGGGGUCGCAAACGGCUGGGCCCCGUCUCCACCGACACUGUCACAGCUCCCCAAGAGGAGGAAGCAGCACCACAGCCAGUGCUGGGCGAGCUGAACGCCCCUCACGUCACGUCUGACUCCGUGCAGCUGGAGUGGAGCGUCCCCGAGGGCACCUUUGACUCCUUCACGCUGCAGUACCGGGAUGCACAAGGCCAGCCCCAGGUGCUGCCCGUGGACGGGGGUUCCCGCACGCUGACGGUGCCGGGGCUGUCCCCGUCCCACCGCUACAAGUUCAACCUGUACGGGCUGUGGGGUCGCACACGGCUGGGCCCCGUCUCCACCGACACUGUCACAGCUCCCCAAGAGGAGGAAGCAGCACCGCAGCCAGUGCUGGGCGAGCUGAAGGCCCCUCACGUCACGUCUGACUCCGUGCAGCUGGAGUGGAGCGUCCCCGAGGGCACCUUUGACUCCUUCACGCUGCAGUACCGGGAUGCACAAGGCCAGCCCCAGGUGCUGCCCGUGGACGGGGGUUCCCGCACGCUGACGGUGCCGGGGCUGUCCCCGUCCCGCCGCUACAAGUUCAACCUGUACGGGCUGUGGGGUCGCAAACAGCUGGGCCCCGUCUCCACCGACACUGUCACAGCUCCCCAAGAGGAGGAAGCAGCACCACAGCCAGUGCUGGGCGAGCUGAAGGCCCCUCACGUCACGUCUGACUCCGUGCAGCUGGAGUGGAGCGUCCCCGAGGGCACCUUUGACUCCUUCACGCUGCAGUACCGGGAUGCACAAGGCCAGCCCCAGGUGCUGCCCGUGGACGGGGGUUCCCGCACGCUGACGGUGCCGGGGCUGUCCCCGUCCCGCCGCUACAAGUUCAACCUGUACGGGCUGUGGGGUCGCACACGGCUGGGCCCCGUCUCCACCGACACUGUCACAGCUCCCCAAGAGGAGGAAGCAGCACCGCAGCCAGUGCUGGGCGAGCUGAACGCCCCUCACGUCACAUCUGACUCUGUGCAGCUGGAGUGGAGCGUCCCCGAGGGCACCUUUGACUCCUUCACGCUGCAGUACCAGGAUGCACAAGGCCAGCCCCAGGUGCUGCCCGUGGACGGGGGUUCCCGCACGCUGACGGUGCCGGGGCUGUCCCCGUCCCACCGCUACAAGUUCAACCUGUACGGGCUGUGGGGUCGCAAACGGCUGGGCCCCGUCUCCACCGACACUGUCACAGCUCCCCAAGAGGAGGAAGCAGCACCACAGCCAGUGCUGGGUGAGCUGAACGCCCCUCACGUCACGUCUGACUCCGUGCAGCUGGAGUGGAGCGUCCCCGAGGGCACCUUUGACUCCUUCACGCUGCAGUACCGGGAUGCACAAGGCCAGCCCCAGGUGCUGCCCGUGGACGGGGGUUCCCGCACGCUGACGGUGCCGGGGCUGUCCCCGUCCCGCCGCUACAAGUUCAACCUGUACGGGCUGUGGGGUCGCAAACGGCUGGGCCCCGUCUCCACCGACACUGUCACAGCUCCCCAAGAGGAGGAAGCAGCACCACAGCCAGUGCUGGGCGAGCUGAAGGCCCCUCACGUCACGUCUGACUCCGUGCAGCUGGAGUGGAGCGUCCCCGAGGGCACCUUUGACUCCUUCACGCUGCAGUACCGGGAUGCACUUGGCCAGCCCCAGGUGCUGCCCGUGGACGGGGGUUCCCGCACGCUGACGGUGCCGGGGCUGUCCCCGUCCCGCCGCUACAAGUUCAACCUGUACGGGCUGUGGGGUCGCAAACGGCUGGGCCCCGUCUCCACCGACACUGUCACAGCUCCCCAAGAGGAGGAAGCAGCACCGCAGCCAGUGCUGGGCGAGCUGAAGGCCCCUCACGUCACGCCUGACUCCGUGCAGCUGGAGUGGAGCGUCCCCGAGGGCACCUUUGACUCCUUCACGCUGCAGUACCGGGAUGCACAAGGCCAGCCCCAGGUGCUGCCCGUGGACGGGGGUUCCCGCACGCUGACGGUGCCGGGGCUGUCCCCGUCCCGCCGCUACAAGUUCAACCUGUACGGGCUGUGGGGUCGCAAACGGCUGGGCCCCGUCUCCACCGACACUGUCACAGCUCCCCAAGAGGAGGAAGCAGCACCGCAGCCAGUGCUGGGCGAGCUGAAGGCCCCUCACGUCACAUCUGACUCCGUGCGGCUGGAGUGGAGCGUCCCCGAGGGCACCUUUGACUCCUUCACGCUGCAGUACCGGGAUGCACAAGGCCAGCCCCAGGUGCUGCCCGUGGACGGGGGUUCCCGCACGCUGACGGUGCCGGGGCUGUCCCCGUCCCACCGCUACAAGUUCAACCUGUACGGGCUGUGGGGUCGCACACGGCUGGGCCCCGUCUCCACCGACACUGUCACAGCCCCAGCUCCACAGGAGGAGAAGACACUGACCAAGCCCCACCUGGGUGAGCUGACAGCCCCUCACAUCACGUCUGACUCCGUGCAGCUGGAGUGGAGCGUCCCCGAGGGCACCUUUGACUCCUUCACGCUGCAGUACCGGGAUGCACAAGGCCAGCCCCAGGUGCUGCCCGUGGACGGGGGUUCCCGCACGCUGACGGUGCCAGGGCUGUCCCCGUCCCACCGCUACAAGUUCAACCUGUACGGGCUGUGGGGUCGCACACGGCUGGGCCCCGUCUCCACCGACACUGUCACAGCUCCCCAAGAGGAGGAAGCAGCACCACAGCCAGUGCUGGGCGAGCUGAAGGCCCCUCACGUCACAUCGGACUCCGUGCAGCUGGAGUGGAGCGUCCCCGAGGGCACCUUUGACUCCUUCACGCUGCAGUACCGGGAUGCACAAGGCCAGCCUGAGUCUCUGCUCUUGGACGGGGGGUCCCGCAGAGUGACAGUCCCUGGUCUAUCACCUUCCCACCGCUACAACUUCUACCUUUAUGGGGUGUUUGGGCAGAAACGUCUGGGCCCCAUCUCCCUCGACACUAUCACAGCCCCAGCUUCACAGGAGAAGCCACUGACCAAGCCCCGCCUGGGCGAGCUGACGGCCCCUCACGUCACAUCUGACUCCGUGCAGCUGGAGUGGAGCGUCCCCGAGGGCACCUUUGACUCCUUCACGCUGCAGUACCGGGAUGCACAAGGCCAGCCCCAGGUGCUGCCCGUGGACGGGGGUUCCCGCACGCUGACGGUGCCGGGGCUGUCCCCGUCCCGCCGCUACAAGUUCAACCUGUACGGGCUGUGGGGUCGCACACGGCUGGGCCCCGUCUCCACCGACACUGUCACAGGCGCCCCGGGGACCCUCUGGGUGGGAACCGUGUGGCCCCGCAGCGCCCGCCUGCACUGGGACCCCCCCCGGCCUCCCCCCGGCGGCUACAACCUCAUCUACGGCCCCCCCGGAGGAGCCCAGCAGACACUGCAGCUGCCCCCUGAGGCAACAUCCCAUCAGCUGUGGGGCCUGGAGCCCGCGGGGCGCUAUGGGGUGCAGCUACGGGGCCGGGGAGAAGACACCCCCCCCACCCUCCUGGAGACCACCUUUGACACCCCUCCCCUUCCCCACCCGCACCCCCGGGACUGCGCCGAGGAGCAGCUCAAUGGGCCGGGGCCUUCGCGCGAGACCCUCAUCUUCCUCGGGGGAGACCCCGCGCGGCCCCUGCGCGUCUUCUGCGACAUGGACACCGACGGCGGCGGGUGGCUGGUGUUCCAGCGGCGCCAGGACGGAGGCACCGAUUUCUGGCGCGGGUGGGACGAGUACGUGAGGGGCUUCGGGAACAUCAGCGGCGAGUUCUGGCUGGGGAACGAGGCUCUGCACGCUCUGACCAGCGGCCCCCCCGUGGAGCUGCGCGUGGACCUGCGCACCCCCCGCGACGCCGCCUUCGCCCGGUACCGGGACUUCCGCGUGGCCGGAGCCGAGGAGCACUUCGGGCUGCGCCUGGGGGCCUACAGCGGCACCGCCGGGGACGCUCUCUCCUACCACGCCGGGAGCCCCUUCUCCACGCGGGACCGGGACCCCCGGGGCCGCCCGCGCCCCUGCGCCGUCGCCUACACCGGGGCCUGGUGGUACCACAACUGCCACUACGCCAACCUCAACGGGCGCUACGGGACCCCCCACCACCACCAGGGCGUCACCUGGUUCCCCUGGAAGGGUUUUGGCUUCUCCAUCCCCUUCACCGAGAUGAAGCUGCGGCCGCAGCGUGACUGAGGGGCCCCACACGUGGAGGGCACCCCAUGGACCCUGGCACCCCAUGGACCUGGGCACCCCAUGGAUCCAGGCACCCCAUGGACCCGGGCACCCCAUGGAUCCAGGCACCCCAUGGACCCGGGUCACUCCGUGGAUCCAGGGGCACAUCAUAGACCCAGGGCACCCCAUGGACCUGGGCACCCCAUGGACCCAGGGGCACCCCAUGGAUCCGGGGGCACCCCAUGGACCCGGGCACCCCAUGGAUCCGGGCCACCCCAUGGAUCUGGGGGCACCCCAUGGACCUGGGCACCCCAUGGACCCAGGGGCACCCCAUGGAUCCGGGGGCACCCCAUGGAUCUGGGGCACCCCAUGGAUCUGGGGCACCCCAUGGAUCCAGGGGUGUGCCAUGGACCUGGGAGCACCCCACGGAUCAGGGGCACCCCAUGCACCUGGGAGCACCCCAUGGGCCCGGGGGCACCGCAUGGAUCCGGGCACCCCAUGGAUCCGGGGGCACCCCAUGGAUCCGGGGUACCCAGAAGGGGGCAGGACUUGGGGGGAGGAAUAAACUUUUCUAUGGGGAGGGGUAAUAAACGUUGCCUGUAA